AUAAGAGGUAGACAACUGGGAAGCAUAGAGAAUGUGAUGAAAACUCCUGCAGAAGGACCCUGGAAACUUCCCUUAUCUAUAUGUUUCUUAGCAACUGUUUGCAUAUCUACAGUGAGGACUACAUAAUUUGCAGAAGACUGCUGAUCUGGGCUGGGACUGAAGGAGGGAGCAAUGGGUCAAAAGCCUGAAACAUUUCUGUGGCAUCCAAUCUGGUUUGACCCCAAGGAGAAAGGAAGGGGAGCAAGAGAGAGCAAGCAUGUCACUGGCCUCCUGGUUUGGAUGGAAUGAACCCUCCAGUCGCAUUUCCCAGAGAAGCCCCAUAGAAAUGGUGGUAGAGACCCUGAUGAUGGAGCUUGGCUGGCAGAUCAAGGAAGCGGAGAAGCAGCAGCGAGAGCGAGAAAAUGAGUAUCGUAAGAUAAAGACGGGUGUUGACUAUGGCUGGCUGGUUAGCUACCCAAAGCAUAGUUAUGAUAUCAGUCCAGGGGAGCGUCUGCAGCUGGAGGACAUGUGCUCCAAAAUACAUCCCUCCUAUUGUGGGCCUGUCAUUAUCAGAUUUCGUCAGCUUGUUACUGAAUAUGAACCAGAAGCCUCGGAAGUAUCUCGGCUUUUCCGUUCUGUUCUGCAGGAUGCCAUUGAGAAGAGCAAAGAGGAAGAAGAGGCAAAGAAGCUUGCAAGACAGUGGAACACAAAGCACAAAACAAGCCUCUCUCUUACAACAUUCAAAUCCCGAGCCAGGAUUUCACCAUUCAGCAGCGAUAUCAAGACUAUUUCGGAAGAUGUCGAGAGAGGCACUGAUCCUGCCAGGAGAGUAUGGAGCAUGCCUGAAUUCAGGAGUACCAAGGACUACUGACUUUAUUUAUAACAAUCACAUUUUAGAAACAGAUCAUUUCAUUCAUUAAUUUAUUUACUUAUUUAUUUACCCUUUUCGAUGGGCCUUUUUUGUCUCCUAUAUGGUACCCUUUCUUGGCUCUGUUCUGUUUUGAAUUCACAUGAACACAUUUUGGACAUCUUUUCUAUACAUCUCUGUGGUUGUUCGUGUUUUUCACUCUGUGUGCGUGCAUAACAAACUUUUCAUACAAAACUGACCUCUAGUAAUACAUAUGGCCAGCUGUGUGGUAUGCUGUGUGAAAAACUACGUAAAACUUAGCGUGUCUUCUGUAGACUGAAACUGAAAGAGAAGCCCAGAAAGUAAUUGUGAAUAUCAGCUCUGUUUUUGUUCCAACCAUCUUCCAGAUAUCUCUCCCACUGUAACUAACAUGGAUGCACAUACUCUAUAGACCAAGGGGGAAUAGUGCAGACAUAGGCUGCCCAAAUGUUAUUUCUCCUGAAAUGUUCCCCAAUGGUUAUGAGAGUCAGUUUUGACACAUUUCUGUCCAGGCCAUUUUUUUUAAUGAAGUGACCCCAAAGUUGACUUCUGGAUCACUUCCUGUUGGAAAAGAUGACUCUCCUAGGCUUUACAUAGUCCAAGGGGACCAAAAAUAUGGUGAAAUUGUUCCCACUGCCCCUGGGGUUAUCUUGAGCACUGCCCUAGAUUUGAGCACAAACAUAUUUCAAAGUUUUUCAGAAAUGUGUAUUUUGUCGGUGUAUAUGUCCCUUUGAGGAUUCUAUGGAGGGAUGUGGACCCCAACCCCCCAGUUUCUUACCCCUGUUUAAACCAAUCUCCUAAACAGCUCCAGCCAGUUAUUGAGCAGCAUAUGCAUUGUUGUGUGCCUUCAAGUUGUUUCUGACUUAGAGUGACCCUGGUUUUCUUGGCAAGGUUUGUUCAGAGAGUGUUUGCCUCUUCCUUCUGAAGCUGAGGGAGUGUGACUUGCCCAAGGUUAUCCAGUGGGUUUCCAUGUCUGAAUGGUCAUUCAAACCCUGGUCUCUAGAGUCAUAGUCCAAUGAGAACAUGCUGGCUCUCUAGCAGUAUAACUAGGGAUCCACAAAAAGCAAUUGCUGUACCCAUGACCAUACUCUUAAAUUCUGACAGCCAGCUGCAACAUUGUCACAUUUACUCCUACACAGAAUUCACGCAGUUUAACAAAAUCUCAAAUGAACAGCUAACAUCACAAGAUAGUAGAAUAUGCUCUUUUCCAAAUGGUAGCCAGCUGUGACAACAGUGUCAUGAGCUGGAGCAGUCGAAGAAUUCCUACAAAGAUAUACUGCUGAUCGUUAUGGCAAACCUUUCAUACAAGGCUGACCAUGUAUGUAUAAAAGAGCCCACAUUGAUCUGUUGGCAGGUGGGGAAUCUUUGCUCUUCCAGAUCUUUUGGAGUUGGCUCUCAGAAACCCCAGCCAGCAUGGACAAGGCAUUAUGGACAUCAGAGGACAUCAAAAGUGCCACAGGUUUGCCUCUAAAAUAGGAGGUGGGAAAGCUGAACCUCACUGACUAUAAAAUCCAGCCCAAAUUUGUGAGUGUGGGAGACGGGAAUGACAGUUGUUUAGUGGGAGCUAAUCUAAUUUAUAUUUUGCUGUCUGGGGCGUUUGUACCUUCUUAGAGACUAGUAAUUAGAUGACCCUUAUGAGCUGCUUCUCAGAGCAAUGGAGGUAAGCCUCCAUUCUUGUGAGGAAUAAAGACAUCCAUGCAGAUAAUUUAGCAUACUCCUCUUCAGUGCCAUGGUAGGGCGGGCUUGCAUAAAUUUAUCUUUUCUGUUGCCAAGAGCUCUUUAAAACUAGAAAGAGCUACCAGCUCUUAUGCUAGUGAAAAGAAAAGAAGAGGUUUUGAUGCACCGUUUCCAUGGUGCAUCUACUGUCACAUUUCCUAAUGGUGAUCUGAAACUUAAGGUUGUGCAUGAGAACUUUUCACUGGUUUGUGCUUUCCUUCCCUGUCUGAAGAAAGUUGUUUAUGUGUCUGAUCACAGUAUGUACAAAAACCAUUCAGUUCCAACUAGAACAGACCCAUUGAAUCAACUGCCGAUUGGUAAACUGACACAUACAUCCCAUGGAUACAAUGGGCCUACUCUGGUUGCGACUACUAGUUAUGGAUUAGAUUAAAAGAGAGCACAGUUUGGAUCAUUUAUCUUCUGGGCUUCAAGAUUUCUUUGGAAAGAUUUUGCUAGAGUUAGCCUUCAAAUAUAUUAACAAAACAGAGCAGUGUGGAUUUGCUGCACUGAAGAAUUUUCUAUCUCAUCUCUUUAUUUUCCUGAGAAUACAAGCAAAAUAUUAUUUGAUACCAAACUCAGGGCUUAAAAAUAUCAAAUCCAGUUUGAACCUGGUACACUUAAACUCAGGAGCAAGGGGGGAGAAUCCAGACUAUUUUGACAGUCAAGCAUUUGCUAUAUUAUUUUUUGUAUCUUUGAAUAUUUGUAGGGUUAUGGUGUUUGUAUAUUGCUUUUCCAACAUUAAAAUAAGAAGCAAAAUUUCCAAACAUGGGAGUGUAAAGGCUAAUGGCAUGUAGUCCCUUACUUGGACAUUUCUUUUAAAACCUUUUCCACCAACACAAGAGUUCAGCCCCUGGGAAGAUGCAGGGAGACGCUGUCCCAGAGGAAUUCUGUCAGUCUGUAUUGAUCUACAUUUAAUAGGCCAUUUUUUAAAAAAGGCAAACAUUAGUUUAUUGUGGACUCCCCUUGCUGUAUCUAGUACUAUGUGUAUUCCUUUUUGUGUUCGGGAAAAAUAUAAGAAAAGCAUGAAAAGCCAUUUUCUAGUCAUAUGAUCAACUUUUGUAUCUGUGAGUGAAUGUUUGUUGUAUUACAUUCUCAAAUACAUUUCUUUAAUUUUUAGUUCCCCUUCUGAUUGAUUUAUACGUUGUGUUCAAUUUAUUAGUAGCUAUAGUAGUAUUUCUGGCAGAUUUGUAA